AUGUCCCCUUCGAUACUCCAUCAGAAAUUUCUGGCCAUGCGUCAAUUAUCUUCCAAAGCAAUAUACUCCCAUGAAAGCCUGAACGUCUUGGAGAGCCUAUGGACCGAAGUCAAGGAAUUCCUGAGGAACAAUCCUCCCCUGGAGGAUGAUCGCCAAUGGCUUGCCGGGCUAAUAAACAACCAUGGCGCUCUCGCCAGUACCAUGUAUAACUUGGAAUCGUGUCUUUCGGACCUCCUAACUGACGUAGGUCGAGAAUUUAGUCGUGGGACUACGUCUGCUGAGUCGGUCAAUUUCGAUCAAGGGAUCCAUAAGAUCGGUAUCGAGACGGGCGAUCCUCUCCGCGCCUGGAUCUACCACAACAUCCUCUUCCCCUUCCCCUCCAUGUUCAUCCGCAAACAACUCCAAGUCGACACCGACAUGUCCAUGUCGAACAUCAACGGCUGGUUCGGCAACAUGCGACGACGAUGCGGCUGGAACGCCAUGUGUAGCAAGUGGACGAAGGGGAACCGGACGGGGAUGAGGGAGUUGAUGAGGAGGUGUUUCGUCGGGGAAGAGACGAAUGAGGAGUUGAUCAAGGAGAUCUCGGAUGUGAUCGAUUAUGUGAUGGGAAGGGCGAAGGGUAAGGUCGGAAGCUGGUUGACCGAGAUUGUCGGCGAAGAGAUCCACAGUCUCGACCGCUUCACGGGUAUCAAGCUCGACUUUCCCCCGGCCAAGAAGUCAGAUUGGCUGCCCUCGAAGAGACGAAAGGCAAAGAUGGAAGCACAACCGAUCCGACGUGUUCAGGACCAGCUCAGCGACAGCGAAGAGGACGAUGACGAUGACGACGAUGACGACUCCCCCAUGAUGGAAGUCGAAUCUCGACAUCCCCCAUCGGUACUCGCCCCGACCUCGAACCCGCAUAUCAGCUUCCAUCCAGGAUCUUUCCCUCAGCAGAACGUCGUCUCCCAUCCAUACCGAUCGUUCUCGGGCUCUUCGGACGGCUCAACGAUCUCCAACAUCUCUGCCAUAUCGCAUCAGAUACAUUCCAGGGUACCAUCGUACGAUUACAGCCAAGUCAGCGGGUCUCAAUAUACUUCGAGCCCGAUUAACGGCCACCAGAACACAUUACCCGUCACCUUCGGCGGACCUCCUCAGUCAUACGCCUUUCAACCUCAACUACCGGCUCUCGAUCAACCGAGACGACUGAAGCGGGGCGUACAGCAGAUGGACGGGGACGAGACAGACAUGCGGGCAUUCAAGUUUGCUCGAUUCGGUUGA